AUGAUAGAAGAAUGUUUAUCUUAUAUCCAUUUCUUAAUAAUAGCUCUUCAUUUGUCAAAAAAAUAUAAUUUAAAGUUUCAAAAAAGAUUAUAUCAAGACCUUAUAGAAACAUAUUGCUAUAAAAAUAAAUUAAAUAUAAAAAAAUAUAUACUUGAUAAUAAAUCUUAUUUAAACUAUAAUAACUUAAAUUAUUUAUAUAAAUAUACGAAAGAAAUAUGUAAAAAAGACAAUAGUGAAAAUUUAAUGAAAUAUGCAUAUAUUUAUUGUUGUUAUAAACUCAGAAAAGAAAAUAACAAAGUAAUUGUUUUAAUGAUACUAGACCAUGACUUUAUUAUAUAUAACUGCAAUAAUAAUUUAUAUGAAAACUAUAAAAAAAAGGAUUUAAAAAUUUAUGAAUAUAAUUUUCAUAAUGUUAAGUCAUUACCAGGUUACAGUUCUGCAUAUUACUUGUUAGGAAAAUUGUAUGAACAGGAAGCUAAAAAAGAAUUUAUUAACGAAAUAAAAAAAAAAAAAUUAAUAGAUAUAUCAUCUUAUUGUUAUUAUUUAUGUUAUAAAACAUGUCCUUUUUUGAUAUGUUCUUUUAAAAAACUAUUAUUAAUACAUAGCAACUUUUAUUCAUGUAAAUAUAUGGAAGAAAUAAAAAAAAUUUCAAAAUUUUAUAACUUUAGAUUUCAUACAUACGGACUGUGGAAAUAUGGAUCUAUUAAAAAGCAAGAAGAACAUGAGAAAAAAUAUAAUAGUGAAUUUGAUAAUAACAUUUUAGAAUUGAUAGAAUUAGAAGGGAAAAUAAAAAAUAUAAAUAUAAAAAGUUCUGAAUGUAUAUUAUCGUUAAUAGAAGAAGAAAAAAUAAAUAAUUUUUUUUUAAAUUGGAUGGAAAUUUUAAAAGAUGCAAAUGUCCCAAUAAAUAAUAAAAGUAAAUUUAUUUCAAAAGAGGCAAUAUAUGAUAUAUCAACAAUAGGAAAUUUUUAUUUUUAUUUAUAUUCAAAUAAUAUUAAAAAAUCAUUAUUUAUAUUAGAUGAGUGGAAAAAUCAGCCAAUUUUUAGUAUUCUUAUUUUUUAUUUUAAAGGAUUAUGUUACUUUUUACUUAGAAAUUAUGAAAAAUCUGCAUUUUUCUUUGAAAAAGUUCAUGAUAUUGAACAUUAUUAUACAAAACACUUGCCAAUUUUAUCCACAUGCUAUUGGCAUUUAAAGAAAUUAAGCAAAAUAGAAUAUAUUUUAAUAAGUUAUCCAAAGAAAGAAAUCAAUGAAUAUUUCUUAUGUCUUAUUGGAAAUUAUUUUUCGCUAAAAAAUAAGAAAGAGUUAGCUUCUUAUUUUUUUAGAAAGGCAACGGAGUUCAAUACUUUAUAUGAAUAUUCAUACAUUCUUUAUUCGUGUGAAAUGAAAAAUUUAGGAAAAAUAAGAAAAGCAGUUAUAGCAUUAUCAAAGUGUCUUCAUAUAAAUCCUUGUAACUAUAAGGCACAUUUGCUAUUAAGUGUUAUAUUAUUUCAAAGUGGGAAUUCUCAAUUAGCAAAUAUACAUUUAAGUUUAUCUCUCAAAUUAAAUACUACAGAUCCCCUUAUAUGCUUAUAUUCCGCAUUACUAUAUGAUUAUAAUGAAAAAUAUGAAACAGCUCUUCUUUGUCUAGAACAUGCGAAGAAAAAUUAUUAUGAAGGAAUUGACUUCUAUGUACUACAAGGAAUUAUAUUUUUAAAAAUGAAAAGAAAUUUAGAUGCAUUAAAUAGUUUCCUGAAAGCUCAAAAUAUUUAUCCAAAUAAUAAUUAUAUUAAUACAUAUAUAGCUUUGACAUUAGCCUUAGAGAAAAAAUUUGAAAAAUCUAAAAAAAUAAUAAAAGAAAUUGUUCUGCAAAAUCCAAAUAAUAUGAAUAGGAGAUUAUUAGAGGAUAUUUAUAAAUGUUGUAAUUUAAAAAUAAUACCAGAUAUAUACGUAUUAAAUAAAAUUAAUUUUCAUUAUAAAUAA